CGGGGGGUGGCCGUAAGGUGAAGGUUGUUGCAGUGGGUUCAUUAAAAGACAGAGUUCAACUCCUCGCCAUCGCAGAGUGCUGCCGGGAGGCUGGUUCGGCUACGUGCGAAGCGGGAAAAGGAGGGGAAUAAAACAAAACAAACAAAAAAACCAAAAAGAAACCAGAAAAGGGAGCAAACCCGCAGCUACUUAAAACAAUUCUAAGAGGAGCAGAGCAAAAGCGGCGUUGGAGACGGCGGGAAGCAGGGGCAGGCUGCGCGCUCCCGAGGCCCGGCGAGGAGGAAGGAUGAUAAACGUGGUGGCCGUGUGGCUGGUGGCCCUCUGCUUCCAGGCUGCUGUCCCGCAAACUACAAAUCUGAACCUUCCCCCUGAAGACCUUGAUUCAUCUGGUGAUGAGGAAGAUGCGUUCUCAGGUUCAGGUGCAGGUCCCCUGACUGAUCAAUCUCGCACCUGGAAAAUCCCAGGAGAAUCAACUAAUUCCUCAAUAGUGGCAGCACCAGUGGACUUCAGUGAACAGCCAUUUCAUGGGAUUGAGAGCAGAACUGAAAAGGAAGCAAUAUCCUCUUCGGCAACCAGUAAUCCAUUGACAGAGGAGCCAGUUGUAGCUGUGAAGGAUAAAGUAUCCAUCCUGGGCUCACCUGAUGGGAAACCAACAAGCCAUAUAGUCACAACAACAGUGAGAAGUCCCACUGCUCACUUUCCUUCCGUGGUUCCUGUGACUCCUUCAGAAGCCUCUGCUGUGGUCCAUGAGCUUGAACCUAAAAUCCCCAGCUCUGAUGUGCCAGACACCAAGGAUGUGCCCGAGCCCCACUCUACUGUCCAUGGUGAGGGAGAUGUGGCUGCCACCCCUGCGGCCACAGCUCCGAGGGAUGUCGUUCCUACACACGAGGAGGUUUCUGAAGAUGGCUCUGGAGACCCGGGAGACUUCAUCUUGACUAAAGACGAGGAAUUCCUCCCCACCCAGAACUCAGAAGUACUGGCUGACUCUGAGAGGAAUGCCAAAGCAGCAGGAGCCUCGGGAAUUAUGGACAGAAAAGAAGUUCUUGGAGGUGUUAUUGCUGGAGGACUCGUGGGCUUGGUGUUUGCAGUGUUUCUAGUUGCAUUUAUGCUGUACAGAAUGAAGAAAAAAGAUGAAGGCAGCUAUUCACUGGAUGAACCAAAACAGUCUAAUGGAGGAUACCAAAAACCACACAAACAAGAGGAAUUCUAUGCAUAAACACUGAUCUUCAGGACUCUUCUUAUUCCAUCUUUCUUGGACUCUUCUCCCCCUGCACGUGGACCUCCUAGUGUGCUUUGCAUUAAACUUAAGCCAUAUGAUCAUUGGGUUAUUUGCCCUUACCACUUUGCCAUUGGAAAUUUUAUAACUACAAAGUAGAUCUGGAUUCAUUGAACAUUCCCUGCUUUCUUGCACAACUUGGUUUUUUUUUUUUGGUUGUUUUUUUUUAACAGAAUUGGAACUGCAAGUUCCUAAACUCACUUUGGUUUGUCUAAAGACUGCUGGGACAGGCGGUGGGGAGAAAAUAAGGGAGCACUGUAUGUAUAAAACUCUUGAUAUUUAGGGAAAGGGCUAGCAAGAAUAACCAGUUACCAGUGCUCAAAUUCUGUAUAGCAGGGGUCCUUCCUAUUUAACUCAUAGAUGUGUUUUGAGUGUAGCAAGUGGCUGUGCUGGGCAGACAUUUGGUACACUGCUAUCCUCUAGCUCUUUCUGACAGCUGUAUUUGGAGCACUUAAUGCCUAUGAAACAUCAAGCUGAUCUUGAGCUCUGCCAAAAGGAGGUGUGAGGGUCAGGGUAAACAAAUGACUGUCACGUGGUUUAAAAUAACUUAUAUUUUGGAAGCAUUAUCCCAUACUCAGAACCAGCUCCUCAGCAGCUGGUACAUACACUAGCAAAAAACAAACCCCAAGAACCCCACAACUAAGCAGAGAGUUAACUUUACCAAGAGUGUUGGGCUGUCCCACUACCCUCUCUCUCACACUCUCUCUCUCUCUCUCUCGAGGCUUAGGUAAGAAGUAGAUUUUUCCAAGCAGUCUCAUCUCAGACAUUUCCUUUCCUAGGUGCUGAGUCGAGGUUGGCUGUCCUGCUGUCUGAUCUUACCCCGGGCACUAGCAGGUGACCGGGGCCGUGCUGUAGCACCUCCGGUCACCGCGGUUGGCUCGGAACGCGCUCUGCCCUCUGUGCCACAGGGUGCCGUGGCACACAGGGCUGGGAGGUGGGAAGCAGCACGUCAUGACUGCAGCUAAGGAGUAGAGAAGCAUCUGAGAUGAGCCUGGGGAAGGCUGGGUGUAGGUGGCCUUAAACAGAUACAACAGUUGGUGUGCUUGACUCUCACUACUCCGGAGCGGCUCCUUGGAAGCUGUUCCUGCACUUUGGAGAGAAGCCACUCCAGGGAUGUCAGUCUAGUAAGGGCAGAAAAGCACCUCCUGAGCACAGUCUGGAUGCCUGAAGCUGUGUGUGGUCAGUGUGCUGUCAGAUGUCAGGCACUGGGGCCUCACUGGGAGUCUGGAGUUCUCCAGAGUCUCUCAAACCGUGCGAACACAAGCGUGGUGUUCUGUGCAAGCCUUACUUCUGCUCUGCCUUUGGGUAGCUUCUUGCCACUUCAGUUCCUCGUCACUCAGUGCAGAAGGUAUGGGGUGGGUGGAGGAGUGUUUACAACUGAUGUAAAUAUUUGUACUGUUGAGCCAGAGGGAAUGAUCAGAGUAUAUUGGACAAUAUUGCAACAGUUGGUACAAAUGUUGCACGUUAGCAGACAAACUUAAAAACCUGUGUAAUUUAAAUGAAGUAUAAAACACUCCUGAGCUGCCAUGCAGCUAAAAUUGGUGCCUUCGCUGCAAACACAAGGAAAAAACCCCAAAAUAUCUUGAUUCCAAACUCUUCUUUAUGCACGUGGAGAACUUGUGCAUAUGUGUAGCUGGCUGUUUUUUAAAGUAAAGCUGCAACAACCAUUAUGGUUUUUUUUGUUAGGAUUGUUCUGUUUUCAGUUGUUUUUUUGUUUUGGUUUUUUUUUUUUUACUGAAUGAAUUUUUUAUAGGUUAAUGCAAUGACCAGAUGGUGUUAAUUUCAGCUGUAAUUCUUUGCUUUGUAUAGGAAUGUAGAAAUGUUUGAUAGGUCUAUCUAUGAAAAGGUUCUUGUAAAGCACAGGAAGAUAAAGUAGUAAAAUUCAGUUGUACCUCACAACCUUGUUAGGGGGAAAGGAAAAAACUGUAUAUUUUGGUAGUCUUAACUGACAGUUUGUGAAACAAACAUGACAUUCUGUGUUAUUUAAGUGGUACAAAUGAAAUAUGAGUUCUGACAGAAGAUGGAACAUUGGGUUAUCUGUAUGCCAUGUAAAGGUAUACUGCAAUAAAUGGCAUUUUGGCAAGAA